GUAUAACGUCAUGGAAGGCUGGCAAUGACUUACUGGGUGUUGGCAGCGUGCAGGCUCAAGUUGCGACAACGAGAUCAAAGAUAUGAUUUCGAUAGACGUGUUAUCCGCUCGUAAACGCGAGCUGGGUCAUCGGGUACGUUGCGUUAUACUGGUACUCGCAGCCUUCAAAGUAGCCCGAGCCAUUGUUCUGCAAAAACUCUUCGAGUACUGUACUCUGGGAUACCUAAUCCAAGGCAUUUGUAGUGCGCGAAUACAGCCUCAAGGACCUCAACUUGAUCGCACCGCACGCACUCUUCGUCCCAGCCGUGAACUCACUCUUGUCGAAGCCUACGCAGGUCCACUGCGGUCCUACUACUCAUUUCUACCUUCUAUUCGUUGGCCAUAUCUCUAUUCCCUGCACAUCCGCAGCGCACACCAACACAGUUGUGACCACCUCUUAUCCAGGACAGAAUGCUGUCUCAAUGCUGUCUUGAUCACCACGACACGACUGUGUAUUGACGCUGCCUUGGCUAACUCGACUUAAGCCAAACAUCGAGGAAAUCGAACUCACUUCCC